CCAAUGAUGGCUUCUCGGAACCAGAACAGGCCGCCUCGGAGUCCUGCUACUAAACGGGGUGAUGGUGACGGGGUUCCGUUAGACAAGCGUCGGAGGGUUGGAGCUGCUGCAGUGAAGACUGGAGGCGGCGACCGUAAGCCAUUUGGUUCCAUUAACAGGAAGCUGGAUGCGGCGGCCAGCUCGGCAGAUGCAAGCAUCAAUGAUGCUGCGGAGAGUAUUUGC